AUGCCGGCCGAAUCGCAUCGUCUCGCAGCCACUGAACUACUCAAAGCGUUCAACGACAACCAACUGACAAUCGAGGACUACGCAAAGUCUUUGCUAAAGCGUAUUGAAGAGCGCGAUGGCGUUGUGAAAGCAUGGGCGUAUCUGAAGCCGGAACAGGUCUUGGAACAAGCCCGAGCACUUGACAAGGUGCCUAAAGACCAGCGAGGACCACUGCAUGGCAUUGGCGUGGCGAUCAAAGAUGUAAUCUACACGAGAGGCAUGCCGACGCAGCUCGGCUCACCCAUCUUCGAGAACGAUCAACCAGAGGUAGAUGCAGCAAGUGUCAAGAUGCUUCGCUACGCUGGUGCUCUAAUCUUAGGCAAGACGACGACAACAGAAUUCGCCGCAAGUACUGUUGGCACAAAGACGACCAAUCCGCAUGAACCCGGUCGUACACCAGGAGGGUCUUCUUCUGGCUCAGGCGCAGCAGUCGCUGACUUUCAAGCAACCCUGGCUCUGGGUACCCAGACAGGUGGCUCUAUCAUACGACCUGCUAGCUUUAACGGGACAUUUGGCAUGAAACCGACAUGGAAUUCGGUUUCUCGAGAGGGGCAGAAGAUCUACAGUCUCGACCUCGACACGUUAGGCUGGUAUGGACGAUCAGUAGAGGAUCUCAAACUCUGCGCUGAUGUCUUUGGCCUGGAGGACGAUGAAGUGCCUCGAUCGGUUUCUGAUGUGCGGGGGCUCAAGGUGGCAUUUCUUAAGACCAUGGUAUGGGAUCGUGCUGGGCCUGGCACUCAGAAAGCGUUCAACACGGGCAGGCAGAUGUUGGAGGAGGCCGAAGCACAGAUCGAAGAUACCAGCUUCCCGGAUGAGUUUGACAAACUACCUGACUGGCAUACGUGCUUGAACUACAGUGAAGGCAGUGUGUACUUCAGGCCAGAGUACCAGUACGCCAAGGGCAAGCUCGGUGACUUUCUGGUCGGCAUCGCGGAAAGAAAGCACGGAUACACGCGAAAGGAUUUCCUGGAAGCGUCUGACGGUAUCGCUGCACUACGACCGAAGUGGGAUGCGAUUGCUGAGAACUACGAUGUGGUCGUCGUGCCGUCCGUGCCAGACGAAGCGCCAGAGGGCCUUUCGAGCACGGGCAAUGCCAUCUUCAACGCACUCUGGACGGCACUGCAUGUGCCUGUGAUCAACAUCCCGGCUUUCACUGGAGAACAUGGAAUGCCGAUUGGUUUGACUCUGACAACCGCUCGAUACCAGGACCAAGCACUGCUAGAGGUUGCAAAAGCAGUCAGCAGAGUGUGGAUCAAAGAGUGA